CCUUACUUUUCCCACACACGUCUCUGGAAAACAUGCUUGCAAAGUGCAAAAACAUCGGGGAUGCUGUGAAGUCUCUUAUCGCUGGUUUCUGGAUCACUUUUAGCGUCUAUUCUGUCGGUGUCCACGGCCAGGAGGGCGAUGGCUGUGGACAUACACAGCUGGGCACAGAGUCUGGCACCUUGGCCUCCCAGAACUAUCCAGGCACCUACCCAAGCAACACCUAUUGUAAGUGGAGGCUUCGUGUGCCAGAAGGACGAACACUGCGACUGUUGUUUGGAGAUUUUGAUGUUGAGAGCAGUCCGGAUUGCAGGAAUGGUUCUUUGAUAAUCAGGGAUAAGAAUGGAGAAAUCAGUCUGGGUCCCAUAUGUGGGAAGCUGGAUGUAUCACAGAAAAAUGUGACACUUAAUGGCAAUGAAGUGACAAUAACCUUCAAGUCAGGCCCGCACCGCUCUGGACGAGGGUUUCUUCUGUCUUAUGCCACGGACCAGUAUCCAGACCUCAUUUCUUGUUUACAACGAGGAACUCAUUUCAGCUUGCAGCAUUUGAGUGUGUACUGCCCCGCUGGAUGCAAGAAUGCCACAGGCGAUGUUUGGGGGAGCUCUGAACAGGGUUACAGAGAUACCUCAGUCCUGUGUAAGUCUGCAGUGCAUGCGGGAGCUGCAUCUGACAGUUUGGGAGGCCGCGUCACUGUGACUCGUGGGAGAAGUCUUAAACUCUAUGAAUCCACCUUUGCCAAUGGCAUACUGUCUCAAAUGUGUGUUUGCUGUUGCUGCUAUUGCACUCAAAAAACUAUGAAUUUGAUUGUGCUAUGUAGAUGUUCUGAUCUUUCAACCUCUUUUGACAGGGGAUCAUUAUCUGAAAAGAAGCUACUCUUCACCGAAGAAUGUAAAAACAUCCUGCCUGUUUAUGGUUUAAAUGCCUCAUCUUUCGGGGAGAAAAACAGCCAAGAGCAAAGAAGGUCCUGGUCUUCCAAAAACAUGGAUUCUGGCCAUGAGUUCUUAUCCUGGACAGCAAACAGUAAUGAUCCAGAGCCCUGGUUGGAGCUGGAGCUGAGUGAUAGAAGAACCAUCACAGGAAUAAUAACAACAGGCUCAAAUGAGUUCUACAUAGAAACCUACAUUCUUCUUUUCAGCAAGGACAGAAAGAAUUGGAAACCUUACAAAGAAAGCAAAGAAAAAAAGGUGUUUCAGGCCUACUCUGACGGCCAACCCAGGGUGCUCAACAGCCUGUUUCCUCCUGUGGUGGCUAGGUUUGUUCGGCUACAGCCACUGAGGUGGCAAGGCCGAGCUUCAGCUCACGUUCAAGUCCUGGGCUGUACUGUUGCAAAGGUCACACCAAGGAGCCGCCCACCUGGAGACAAUGUGGGCACACCACGCCCCAGCCACUCUCCCACACCCACAGGGGGACCAGUAUUAGUGGAGACGCGACUGAGCUCCACUCAGCCAGUCAUAAUAGCAGUGGGAGUGGCCCUGGGGCUGAUAAUGUGCAGCAGUUGUUUACUGGCUGGAGUCUGGUGGAAGAGAAGGAAAAAAGAUUCACAAUUGAAGUACUCCUUGUCAACAAGUUGUCAGAGUUUCCAGGCAAAGAGUCUCCCCCGCCCACCAUCCGAUCUUAUCUCCUACCCUGUGGAGCGUAAUGUCCAUGAUGCUCUCCCUGCCCCCCCUCUUAAUGACUAUGCCCAUCCAGCUAUUGGACAGAAGGUUGGAUCAACGUUUCGGCCUUCCUCAGAUGAGGGCUACACUGUUCCCUUCACCUUCAGCCAUUACCACACCCCUAAUAACCUCCCAGAGUACGCUGAGCCACUUCCCCCUGAGCCUGAAUAUGCCACCCCAUUCAGUGAGCAGUCCUCUGAGUCCCUCCUGCCAACUUCAGCAGGGAUCGUUCACAGCAAUAUACACGGCCCUCCAAAGCCAGUGUCUAUCACUGGUGCCAGGACAACAUCCAAUUGUGCUCAAUAUGACUGCCCCUCACACAGAGCACUGUCCAAUGGCUACUGCACUCCUGCCCUUCAUGCCAGCGGGCCACGACCAGUCAGUAUUGUCUAUGCUGAGCCCAAAUCUGUUGACUCUUUAUUACGGAAGCACACAUAUGAGGAGCCUUUGUGAACACAGGAGAAAAAAAUACUUUCCUGAGCUAAACUGUGCGGACCAGAGGACCACUUGAAGUGAUAUCAGAUGGAUGCUAAACUGAGAUUAGUGUACUAAUGUUGAGUGAGUGAGUAAUGCACCCUAAUCUGAGGGGUCACUUGGGACUAUGUGGGUACACUACUCAGAGUACACAAUGAACUGAGAGCCAUAAAAAUACAAAUACUGCCUUCAAGGAAGAAUAUAGUAGUACUGUUUCUUUUAAUUAUCUCGCAUUGCACAAAGAAAAUACAGGUCUAACAGUGUCUCAGAGAUAUUGUUUAUUCAUGAAAUGUUCAAUCACAAGCUGCACUUUCAGAAAGCACAAGUCAUCUAACAAUGUAUGCUUUGGUCUAUUUAACAGGUUAAUGGAGAAAAAGUGAAUAGGAUAUGUUACUUGUCAUCACAAUAUGAAAUUGUAUUUACAAUAUAUCAAUUCAACAUGUUUUGAUAAGAAACAUGUUAGGAGUACUAUAAAUGGUACAUUGUAACACAGUGGUUGAUAUUGUUGCAAUGAUUAUGUGUAACCACUAGGUGACUCUCUCGAGCCUAAACAUUUAACAGGAAUGGAUCGUGUCAGUAUUUGUUUGCUGGUUCUUAAUCCUCAGAUAAUUGUCCAUUUCUAACAUACAUAAUAUAAUAACAAACAAAUAUUGGUUUAAAAUACAUGUUGUUUUUUUUAUUAUACAAAGAAAGGCACAACAGGGAAAGACUUUCUUUCACAUAGAUGAAAAUCCUUGUGAUUCAACCUACAGCGGUACCCUUGAGCAAGACACAGAUACCUCACUCGAACUCCAGAGCUGUUGACAUGUUGUUUCCCACCAAUCCGGAAAAUAAAGAUUACUUCACUAUCAUAAAACCUUCCGGUUAAUUAUUAGAUUUGUCACCACAGGGCAACUUUCCCAUAACUGAAAAAACACUAAGGAAUUAAGUUAAAUUAACUCCCCACUUUAAUAUUUCACUUAGCUUUAAUUGUAAAAACUCCUUUGGAUUCUCUUCAUUGGAUUCUGUUACUUAACUAAAAUAAAGCAAUAUGAAAUUGCUGUUCACACUGAUGACCCUUAAAGAAAAUACAAAACAGUUUUGUAUUUAAGAUAGAAAAUUGUACUUUUCCCUGGUAUAUGAUCUUUUGUAUCAUAAGGGUCAAUGGCAGUGGUAGUCUUCCAUUAUAUCAGAAAAUGUAAUUAACAGACCCAAAAAUUCACAGUUUUUGUAACUGCCCCGUGUUGUCACAUUUGGCGAGUAAUUUGCUGCAAUACAAAGGGCAAUGCCUCUCUCCACAGCUGAAUAAGGCACAAUAAACAACGGUGUUAAGAAAAAAUAGGAUCUGAAGUGUGAUUCAGCAGCAAGAUAUUUAAGUUCACUUUACAGACUUAAAGCUAAAUCUGCACAGAUUAGACACCUCACUAAUAAAAACAUGUCAAACCAAUCAGAGGUGUUAACUCCAAAUCAAUUAAUUUUUCAUCAAUUAGAUGCUAAAAAGCUAAUAUACAGAAUUUCUCCUGAAAACCCUUUACGGUGUUACGAAUUCAAUUUGUGAUUUAAAAACUGGACUUCAGUCUAUAUACAAUAGCUUGAAAGGUAGUGCAAUACUUUUAAGUAAUACGUAACUAAAGAAUAUAUUUUUACAUAUAAUUUCAACAUGUAUUUGACUUUUGUGAUGUUG